AUGUUCGUCGCUUCCCUGGCCGUCUCCGACUUCGGGAUCACCGCUUUGCCGUUCGGCACGCCGUCCUUGUGGCUUGGGAGUUGGCCAUUUGCGGAUAUUGCCUGUCAGUACAUGGGCUACUCAGUGCUUUGUGCCACUGCGGCAUCCGUGCAAACUCUAGCGUGGACCGCCGUCAAUAGAUUCUACCGCGUAGUGAAACCUAGCAAGUACAACUCCGUUUUCAGUAAACGGCGCACUGCAAAAUACAUCGUCUCAGUAUGGAUGUUGGCUUCAGUGUCAUCCGUGCCUUACUUUGCAGGUGGGGAUAAGUUCAUUUUCCAGCCCGCGAAAUUCUUAUGCUUUUUCACACUGAAACGACCUCUCCCGAAUGUCGUGUCUCUGGUUGGCGCCAUUUGCGUGCCAGGAGCGAUCGUUUGCUAUUGCUAUUCUCGAGUGUUUAUUGCGGUGAGGAAACACAAGGCGAGUAUUACCCGCUCAAGGACUUCCAUCAGCGCGGAGGACAUCAAGAUUACAAAGACCCUCGUAGCUAUAGUGUGUGCGUACGUCUGUUGCUGGUUCCCAGUGCUUGUUAUCGAUGUCACUGAUCUGUUGAGCGGGAAAUGGGGAAAGGCCGCCUUGGUAUAUUAUGUGUACGGAAUCCUAGCCAUUUCAAGCAGCGCAGCUAGCCCGGCAAUUUACGCUAUUUUCAACCCGGUAUUUCGUCGCGGAUAUCUGAGACUCUUUAAUGGAUUUUAUUCAUCGAACAGCGUCCUAGAUAUUAGUAUAAACCGCAAGGUAACUACAACGGCGAACCACGCGUAACUACUGAAAUUAACAAGACGAAAAGUUAGUAGCCUAAAGGUAUUAAGGUGGUAGCCUAGGGUAUUGUUAGGCUGUUCUCGGUUUGAUAUUUCUUCUCACGCAUAUCACCAUCUUCAGAAAUGACGAUAUAGAUUAAAGAAGAUUAGCUCAAUAACUUUUAAAAUUAAGAUUACAUAAGUAUUCUUUAGUAUUCUUUUUUUAACGAAACUUUGUUUACGUUAUUUGUAUUAUUGUUUUAAAAUAAAAGGUGCUUUUCAGUCAGAGAGUUUUCCCCGUGUUUUCUUUUUGUUAUUUGUUACAUGUAAACAUUUAAAAAAUAUUUGAUUGAAUGUUUGAACCAGCUAAUAUAAUGUCUUGGCAAAAAUUUAUAAUGUUUCCCAAUAUUCCAAUAAAUGAGAAAGUGCGAAAUAUUUGUGCAAAUUGAUAUGUCAAUUUCUUAAGUAAACGUAAUUCUUAUAAUCUAUAAAGAUACAGUAGUUCUCUUGGAUUCACUUGUUGUUUUGGCCUUUUUUAGUCAUUUACGUUUUGGACAAAAUCAGCGAAUAAAAAUUCGAUCUGCUCUUAA